GGGCUCUUCCUGUGUCAUGGCGCCGAAGAACUUUCCCCUCGCACAUUGCACAUUGUACCCUGGCUGGAUACGCUGCUUUCUGUGAACUCUACAAGCUAUAGUCUGUAUUGGAAAUACCCUAGGAGACCCUCAAGCUGCGCAAUGGAGUCAGUGACCUUUGAGGAUGUGACUGUGAGCUUCACCAGUGAGGAAUGGACUUUGCUAAAUGCAUUGCAAAAGAAGCUUUACAGAGAUGUGAUGGAGGAAACCUUUCAGAACAUUGUGAUUAUAGAGAGACUCUGGGAAAACCGGAAAGUGGAAGAAGACUGCAAUAACUAUUGCAGAAAUAUAAGAAAUGAAAACAUUGAGAAAUGCCAUCAAUAUAAAGGUUGGAAUCAGCAUAAAGAAUGCUUCCUCUGCAAUCUAGAUGCUAAUGUCUAUAAGAAAUCAUGUGGUUUAAAACCAAUUGAAAGUCUUUCUUUUAGAAAGCUUCAGAUUGGGCCUUUUUCAAUAAACAUGCCAAUCAGAGCUCACAGUGGGGUAAAGCCAGAUGAAUAUUUUGAACUUAAAGGGAAGCUGUUUAAAUGUAAUGAAAAUAGAAAAAACUGUGAUGAUUUGCAAUGCUUUCAGAAUCAUGCAAGGACAGAGGCUGGCAAGAAACCAUGUGAACAUGAUCAGUGUGAGAAAUCCUGCUCUGGUCUUAGUGAAAGAACUCAUCUUAGAGACAACAUGUUUGUAUGUCCAAAAAACUUUAAUGUCUCCAGCAAACCCAGUGAUGUUCAGAUCUAUCAGACAAACCGCAGUGAGGAUAUACCCUCUGCAUGUAAGCAAUGUGGGAAAGCUUUUAGCACAAAUAGUAUUUCUCAACAAGAUGAAACAGUUCACAUGGAGGAGAAAAAGUAUGUAAGUAAGGAAUGUGGGAAAGGUUUCAGUACACAGGAGCAUUGUAAGAGACAUGAAAGAACUCACAUUGGUGAGAAACCUUAUGUAUGUAAGCAAUGUGGGAAAACUUUUAGUAUACAGAGGAAUUGUAAAAGACAUGAAAGAGCUCACACUGGUGAGAAACCUUAUGUAUGUAAGCAAUGUGGAAAAGCUUUUAGUAAACAGGACCAUUGUAAAAGACAUGAAAGAACUCACACUGGCGAGAAACCUUAUGUAUGUAAACAAUGUGGAAAAGCUUUCACCACACAGAGUUAUUGUAAAAUACAUGAAAGAUCUCACACUGGUGAAAAACCUUAUGUAUGUAGGCAAUGUGGGAAAGCUUUCACCACACAAAGUUCUUGUAAAUUACAUGAAAGAUCUCACACUGGUGAGAAACCUUAUGUAUGUAAGCAGUGUGGGAAAGCUUUCAGCACACAGAGUUAUGGUAAACUACAUGAAAGAUCACACACUGGUGGGAAACCUUAUGUAUGUAAGCAAUGUGGAAAAGCUUUCAGCACACAGAGUUAUGGUAAACGACAUGAAAGUUCUCACACUGGUGAGAAUCGUUAUGUAUGUAAGCAUUGUGGGAAAGCUUUCAGCACACAGAGUUAUUGUAAACUACAUGAAAGGUCUCACAGUGUUGAGAAACCUUAUGUAUGUAAGCAAUGUGGGAAAGCUUUCAGCACACAGAGUUAUUGUAAACUACAUGAAAAAUCUCACACUGGUGAGAAAACAUAUGCAUGUAAGCAGUGUGGGAAAGCUUUCAUUGAACAGAGAUAUUGUAAAGUACAUGAAAGGUCUCACACUGGUGAGAAACCUUAUGUGUGUAAGCAUUGUGGGAAAGCUUUCAUCGAACAGAGAUAUUGUAAAGUACAUGAAAGGUCUCACACUGGUGAGAAACCUUAUGUAUGUAAGCAAUGUGGGAAAGCUUUCACCACACAGAGUUAUUGUAAAGUACAUGAAAGAUCUCACACUGGUGAGAAACCUUAUGUAUGUAAGCAGUGUGGGAAAGCUUUUAGUACACAGGUGUGUUGUAAAAGACAUGAAAGAGCUCACACCGGUGAGAAACCUUAUGUAUGUAAGCAGUGUGGGAAAGCUUUUAGUACACAGGUAUGUUAUAAAAGACAUGAAAGAUCUCACACUGGUGAGAAACCUUAUGCAUGUAAGCAAUGUGGGAAGGCUUUCAGUAUACAGAGGAAUUGUAAAAGACAUGAAAGAAUUCACACUGGUGAAAAACCUUUUGUAUGUAAGCAAUGUGGAAAAGCUUUCAUUACAAAGAAGAAUUGUAAAGUACAUGAAACAUCUCACACUGGUGAGAAACCUUAUGUAUGUAAGCAGUGUGGGAAAGCUUUCACGACACAGAGUUACUGUAAUGUACAUGAAAGAUCUCACACUGGUGAGAAACCUUAUGUAUGUAAGCAGUGUGGGAAAGCUUUCACCACAAAGAAUUAUUGUAAAGUACAUGAAAGAUCUCACACUGGUGAGAAGCCUUAUGUGUGUAAGCAUUGUGGGAAAGUUUUCAGCACACAGAGUUAUUUUAAAGUACAUGAAAGUUCUCACACUGGUGAGAAACCUUAUGUAUGUAAGCAUUGUGGGAAAAAUUUCAGUACACAGGACUAUUGUAAACUCCAUGAAAAAUCUCAUACUCAUGAGAAGUCUUAUAAAUGUAAGCAAUGUGGGAAAGGGUUUAACACAAGCCAGGAUUGUGAAAUACAUGAAAGAAAUCACACUGGAGAGAAACCCUGUGAAUGUAAGGAAUAUUGAGACAGCUUUCAGCAGUAACAGUAAUUGUCAAAGACAUGAAAAGUCUCAUAAUGGAGGGAAACUAUACAUGUGUGUAAGUUGGUAAAGCUUUUAGUACACAAAGUUAUUGUUAAAUACGUGAAAGAAUCCACACUGUAAAAACCUUAUGUAUAAUAAACAAAUUCAGCAAUGUA